UUUAGAAAUUCUACUCUCAAAAAUUGUCAACAAAUUGUUGAGUCCCUCUUUCUUUGGCUUCCCCUUCCUAACUUAUCAAGAAAAAGGUGACAGGAGUACCAGAGUAGUUUGAGGAACAGUCAGAUGGAGGGAGAAAUGCAAGCGGCAGAAUAAGUAAUUUAUUUUCGUCAUUGAUGCCACACUGGUGAGGUUGAGGUUUCAAUCAAAGGUCUCUGCUUAUCAUCAGUUUUCUAUCGUGGUGAUAGUUUCAUUGCUCUAGCUCAAAAUGGGUGAGAUGGUUGUUGGCAUACCUGCACGUCUGGAGAAAAUUGAGCGUGAAGUUGGCUUUUCGAGAAGGAACUCAACUGGCAGCUUAGGUAUUCAAAUUGCUAAAUCCAAGGUCUUGUCCCGUUAUCUGAGUGAUCCAAAAGGUUCUUGCCAUGAGGCUUGCAAAGGUGUGGAACGUGAUCUUCAAACAACAAAAGCGAGGACUUCCCUGCUGAGAAGAUCUACUAUAGCAGCAUCAGAAAAAACCCAAGAACUGGCUACAACCGUGAAGUUGCAGAUAAGGAAGAAACCACCAAGAUCAAGUAAGCUAGCUGUAAAUUUCAAGAGGCAUACAACUGGUAAAGCCCAGAGACAGGAGAACCCAGCAUACACCAAAAGAUUAGCUGUUUCUGUAAAUCAACAAAAUGAUUUGAAGAUGAAGCCUUUGCAAGAAAAUGCUUAUUCUAUGUCAAGAAGCUAUAAGCUGAGGAGAAGAGGAUACAGUGACAUUAUCAUACCAGGGGGGUCACCAUUAGCUCGGGAUUCUCCAUUGGAUGGUGCAACCAGCACACCAAACAAAGGAAGCCGGAUGGACAAGAACACUGGAUCUUCUAAGUUGAGCAACAAGAAGACUGUUGGGAAACCUGCAAACUUGGAGAAAAUUGAGAAUGAAGUCGGGUAUUUGAGAAGGAACUCAACUGGAAACUUAGGUAAUGAAAUGGGUGACUCCAAGGUCUUGUCACGUCAUGUAAGUGUUCCAACAAGUUCUUGGCUUGAUGCUAGCAAAGAUGGUGUGGAAUGCAACUUUAAAACAAUAGCAAGGACUCACAUGUCCACAAGAUCUUUAACAUCAGGAGAAAAUUCAAAACUGGCGACAACUAUGAAGUGGCAGAUAUGGAGAACAACUAAAUUACCUGCAAAUCUCAGAAGGUUGACAACUUCCCACGAAGAGGAAAUGCAAGCAUGCACCAAAACAUUGGCUGUUUCUGCAAGUCAUCAAAGAGAUUCGAAGCUGCAGCCUCUGGAAGAAAAUGCUUAUUCGGUAUCAAGCAACAAAAGCAGAAGAAGAUACAGUGACGUUAUUAUAACAGGGGGUUCAGCAAUUCUUCAGGGGUCUCUAUUGGAUGAUGCAACCAGCAAACCAAACACAGGAAGCAAGAUGGAUAAGGACACUGGAUCUUAUGAGUUCAGCAAGAAAAAGGAUGUCGGCGUUCCUCCCAACCUCGACAAAAUUGAGACUGAAGUCAGCUAUUUGAGAAGGAACUCAACUGGCAGCUUAGGUAUUGAAAUAGGUGAAUCCAAGAUCUUGCCAUAUUUACUGAGUGUUCCAACAGGUUCUCGCCAAGAAGUUUGCAAAUACGCAGAAGAAAGUGAUCUUAAAACAAAGACGAGGACUCUCCAGCCCACAAGACCUGUAACAACAUCAGGAGAAGUCCCAGAAAUGGCUACAACUGUGAUGUUGCAGAUAGGGAAGAAACCAUUAAGCUCAAGUAAGCUACCAAAAUUCAAGAGCCGGACAACUUUUCGAGCCCAGGGACAGGAAAUACCAGCAUCCACAACUAUUUCCCACUCUACAAGAUUUUCUGUGAAGAGGGUAUCAGGCAAAAAGCCAAAUAAUGAUUCCCCAAGAAUAGUAUCUCAACGUAAUAAGCGGACUAGCCUUCCAAGCAAAACGGACAAAGUGAGUCAUGAAGAUGAUCCAAACAAGGUGUCUCAACUUAAUAAUUUGACUAGCCUUGCACGAAUGAAGAUAGAGCAACCAAGUAAUGAAAACUUUCCAAACAAGACAUCUCAACUUAGAAAAUGGGCUAAUCUUAAACGAGGCAAGAUGGAGCAAGGAAGUCAUGGAAGUGUUCCAAACGAGACAUUGCACAUCAGAGAAUCAAAGACUAAAAGCCAGACCAUAAAGCUCUCCCAGGAAACUCGAAUGGCCAGAGUCUCCUCCUUUGAUAGACAUGGCCCAGAAAGAGGGAAGAGACCGUCACCCCUUCUCUCCCCAUCCUCUUCUCUACACUCGGAUGGCAGUAUCACCAGAAACCUUGGCAACAGGAAAUCUUCACUACAUGGCCCAAAAAGAGGGAAGAGACCGUCAUCCCUUCUCUCCCCAUCCCCUUCUCUGCACUCAGAUGGCAGUAGCUGCAGAAACCUUGGCAACAGGAAAUCUUCCCUAUCAUCAAUUUCUGCAUGCGAGUCUUUUGAUGGCGAUGCAACAGUCAGCAAUUCCAGAAAAAGUGGAACCACAAGCCAAAGCCAAGAUAUAAAAGUUGCAAGAACUGCAAUUUGCAGUCCUAAAAACCUCAAGUUCAGGAGAGGAAAAAUAAUCGAUUUUCAGUCUGAGAAAGUCAGUCCAAGGAGACUAAAAUUCAGGCCAGUCAAAAUACUAGAUUACAACGAAAAUGGAAAUGCUUAUGCUAGAGGAAGAAGCUCUCGGAGACUUAUUGCUAAUGGAAAGUCAAAUGCUGCUAAAGAUGAAAAUAUGAAAGUUAAUCUUCGACACCAAGCUAGAGGAAACAAAACAGAGGCUCCAAUAUUGUUCAACAAUGUGAUCGAAGAGACUGCAACCAAACUUGUCGAGACCAGGAGAAGCAAGGUCAAGGCUUUGGUGGGUGCUUUUGAAACCAUAAUCUCCCUUCAGGAUCAAAGAUCCUCGCCACCAAUUAUUUGGAGAUGAUAACAAGGUGCUUUGGCAGAAGGAACCUGUAUAUAUUAACAGCUAAAUCGAGUUACGUAACUGAAGCAGUAGGUGCAGGAUUUCAAGCACCAUUCUGUCUUAUUAUAUAUACUUUCUAAUUGAUUCUACGGGAAAGGGCCUAAAAUGCCCCUUUACUAUAUGAAAUAGGACAGGCUAGCCCUCCGUUAAAAGUUGGUGUCUAUUCUGCCUUUGCCGUCAACAAAUGGGCUCGUAUAUGCCCUCCAUCACUAACGGAAGACUCAUAAAGCCACGUGGAAUAUAUGUGAGGGCAAGUUAGACCUAGUUUGAAUUGUACAGGGGCAUAUAUGAGUUAAUUAUAAUAUUCAUUUCUCAAACACUUUAC